AAACAAAAGUCUCUCGCGCACAACUUUGGGAACUCUAUAGUAGCAGAAGGAGAGGUAGAAGCAGUAGAGAUGGAGCACGGUUCGUUCACGAAUGAUAGUCAUGCUUCGUUUACUCUUGCAGAAGAAGAUCACACCCUUGCUAACGCCGUUCGUUUCAUGUUAAAUCAAGAUCCGAGAGUAACAUUGGCUGGGUACAGCAUCCCACAUCCUUCCCUUGAAUGUGUCAAUGUCCGUGUCCAGACCACAGGCGAUCCGGCGAGGGAGGUACUGAAAGAUGCAUGUCAAGAGCUAAUGCUGAUGAACAGACAUGUGAGGAGUGUCUUUGACAAGGCGGUUGCAGAGUUUAAGGUUAAACAAGCGCGUUUGGCUACUGAGGAGGAGAAGAAGACGAAGGCUGAAGAAGCAGAGCUUAAGAAGCAGAGGGAUCUACUCGCAUCCAUGGAUAUCGAAAGCGAUUGAUUUUGUGGGGGAAACAAAACAUUUGUAUUCUCUCUAUAGCGUUUUUUCAAUCUUGAUUUGUAUUCUCUACAUUUGUCAGACGACUCCUACCUAAUUGACUAAAUAUUAUUCUCAAAAUUCACAAAUCCACAA